CACGUUGUUGAUACACGUGUGUGAAAUUUGGAGCUGUACGAAUGUCAGGAAGAAGACGUGGUCGAUAGCGUGCAUAAAUUAAUGGUUUAGCCGAGAAUUUAAAAAGGUUUAUUAGAUUUAACGAAUCAAGAAGCAUUUUUCGAGUUUAGUUUUUGAAAUGCGAAAACCUAGUAAAAUAUUUGUUGGAUAUCGUGCAUUGGGAUUUGUUACUAAUCAUGUGCCAUUACAAAUCAGAUAUAUUAAAAGAAGAAAGGAAAAUCUGAUUAUUACUUGCGUUGGAAAAUCAUUUCAUACUUACAGUGGAAGGAAAUUGGUGCUUUUAAGUGUUAGUAAACCACUUCCAGAUGAUAUCACUUCUUUAUCUUCUGAUGCAGAUCUUGUGUACACGGCUUGCAAAGACCAAAUAUAUGCCUGGAAAAGAGGAAUUGAGUUGAAAUAUCACUAUGAGGGACACAAGAGCAAUGUUUAUAUCAUUAUGCCUUUUGAUAAACAUCUGCUAUCUGUGGACGAGGACGGCACCGUAAUUAUAUGGGAAAUUGAAUCGCAAGAAAUAUAUUUGGAAAUGAAUUUCGAUAACAACGUCUUUAAAAUAACGACCAUGUUACAUCCAUAUACAUAUGUAAAUAAAGUACUAUUUGGCAGUCAGCAGGGUGAAAUGCAACUGUGGAAUGUAUUAAAAAAUAAAUUAAUAUAUACAUUUAAGGGAUGGAAUAAACCAAUUACUGCUUUAGAACAGGCACCGGCCGAAGACGUUGCUGCCAUCGGCCUAGAAAAUGGUCAAAUAAUUAUUCAUAAUUUGAAAUAUGACGAGACGAUUAUGACAUUCUCUCAAGAAUGGGGUUCCGUGACAGCUAUAUCCUUCAGAACAGAUGACUGUGCAAUGAUGGCCACUGCAAGUUCGGCAGGACACAUUUCUGUAUGGGAUUUGGACAAAAAGAAGUUACACAGUCAAAUAAGAGAUGCUCAUGAAAGCGAAGUGACAAGUCUGAAAUUUUUACCUAAUGAGCCAUUGCUUAUUACUUCUUCUCCAGAUAACAGUUUAAAGGUAAGAAAAGGUUUUUAAUGUGUUUUUCUGUGGAAUAGAUAAAGAAUGAAAUAAAUGCAAAAAAUUUGAGAAAAUUUACUUGUAACUCUAGAAAGUUGUCAUCAGUUUAUAAUUCAUUUAAUGGACAUUUUACAGUACUUAUCCCUAAUUAAGUGAUAUUCUUUUACAAUUG